AUGGCUCCUAUUGCGCUGAAGAAGCUGACUGCGUUACAGACGGCUCGAGAAGCCGAAAUUGAGAGCAUUCGUACACGCCUGCUUGCUAAGCAGCGUGACUCGCUUAAUAAAAGCAUGGUCCAGGCGCGACUUGAUGCUGUUAAGCAGAUUUGGGUGGAGACUAGGAAGACGCAUUCUGAAAUUGUCGUUAGGAACGAUGCAGAGACAGAUGCGUAUAUUGCAGAUCAAUGGUUCGAUCGCAUUCAGGGUGUUUACAAAUCGGCUCUUGACGAGAUCCUAACACUGCUUGCUUUAUUCGACAAGCCUGAUGCUGAUGAUAGCGCUAGUAUGGGGGAGUCGGACUCAGAUCCUGAGAUUGUCAAGCUUCCGAAAAUUAGUUUACCUACGUUCUCAGGUAAAGACGAGGACUGGGCUAGUUUUAGCGAUCUUUUCACUUCUCUCGUGCAUAGUCGUUCUGGCAUUUCUGACGUCACGAAACUGCAGUAUCUCAAGUUAUGCUUGACUGGUGUGGCUGCAGAGCUGAUCAAGGACGUGAUGACAACCAAUGCGAAUUAUGCGAGCACUUGGAAGACGCUUAAGGAUCGUUAUAGUAAUCCUAGGUUGAUGAUCAAUAAACUCUUGACUUCGUUUUUAGAAAUUCCGCAGAUGAAGAAAGAAUCGGCUGCUGAAAUGCAAUAG